CUGAAUGUCAAUCACAGCAUUAGUACAAUUUGUAGUACAAGCUAUCGUUAAUGUUUACGUUUGGUCGUUAGCAUUAACAAUUUUCAUCAUCAUCUCCGAUAUUGAUUUAUCGUGUGCAGAGCCAUUGGCAGAGUCCAUGCAUUAUUUUGCAAAAAAAAGACGAUCAUAUUGACAAGGAGAUAAUAAAAAAAUUACGCGCAGUAUGUUGGGAUGAAUCCACCAUAUGGUUGGAUGUAUUGUAGUCCGUCUGUGUGAUCAGUGAUAGCCAGCCUCACUGUGACCAACACCGCAUAUGGAAGUGACAUUUCUACGAUUAUGAUCAUGUAAAUAACCCGGCCAGAAUUAUCACAGGUUCAAGUGCUAAACACAGGGACAAGUCUUACAGAAAAACAACAGUGCUGCAAAUUGCCAAAGGGAAUAUGUUGGGUCUGCAACUGAAUUAAAUCCUGGAGCUCCAUGAAUCGGCAUUGUACCCAAGGAUUAUAUUGCCUAUUUUACUACAGGGCUUGCAUUUUUCAUGGGAACUGCUGCAUCGUAAUGCUUCACGUGUAAAUGAAUUGAAUUGAAAAGAAGGGUUGUUUUUGCGUCGGAGACGUUGUUAGUGUGAGCUGUGUGUAUGUGGGAUAUUACCCUGUGUUAUGGUUGGUGAUAUACUGGGGACAUGACAUCAGCCCAGAAACCUUCUCAACGACAAGCUCCAGAGUACCACCAAAUGCAGGAUGGGAUGGGAUCUGAGACUACAGAAGAGGUGGAGCCCUCCAAACAGCGAGUUAUCUACAUUAAUGCUCCCCAGCCUGUCAAAUACUGCUACAACAAGAUUAGCACGGCCAAAUACAGCUUUUUGUCCUUCCUGCCAAAGUUCCUGUUUGAGCAGUUCAGAAAGUAUGCCAACAUCUUCUUCCUGUUCAUCUCAUUACUUCAGCAAAUUCCACGUGUAUCCCCCACUGGGCGGUAUACCACAGCUGUUCCCUUACUCUUCAUCCUAACAGUGUCUGCCAUCAAGGAGAUCAUAGAGGACUUUAAACGUCACCGUCAAGAUGACGCUGUGAACAAUCGAGAAGUACAGGUGUUGCGAGACGGUACAUGGCAGCGCCUCCUUUGGACACAGGUGUCAGUCGGAGACCUGGUCAAGGUGGUCAGUGGUCAGUUCUUCCCAGCUGACCUUGUCCUUCUGUCUUCAAGUGAGCCACAGGCCAUGUGUUAUAUAGAGACCUCCAACCUUGACGGGGAAACAAACCUGAAGAUCAGACAGGGCAUACCUCAAACUGCCAAGCUUUUACGACAUGAAGAUUUGUUAGAUCUGGAUGGUGUUGUGGAAUGUGAACUGCCAAACAAACAUCUGUAUGACUUUGUGGGCAACAUAAGACCGUCAGGCAGAUUUGCUAUACCUCUGGGGCCAGACCAGCUGUUACUGAGGGGCGCAAUGCUGAGGAAUACCAAGUGGAUAUUUGGGAUUGUGAUCUACACGGGUCCAGAAUCCAAGUUGAUGCUCAACUCGUCCACAGCACCACUAAAGAGGUCAAACGUGGAAAAGGUCACCAACACACAGAUCCUGAUACUGUUUGUGAUCCUGAUUGUGAUGUCCCUAGUCAGUACUAUAGCUAACGAGUUGUGGACCAAGUGGCAUGUGGACAAGGAUUGGUACCUGGCUUACAGAGAGCUACCACCCAGUAACUUCGGCUACAACUUCCUGACAUUUAUCAUCCUGUACAACAAUCUCAUCCCCAUCAGUCUCCAGGUGUCACUCGAGGUCGUCAAGUUCAUCCAGGCCAUAUUCAUCAAUUGGGACCAGGAUAUGUACUGUGCCGAGUCCGACACACCUGCCAUGGCAAGAACAUCAAAUCUUAACGAGGAACUUGGACAGAUUAAAUACAUCUUCUCUGACAAGACCGGUACACUAACAAGAAACGUUAUGGAGUUCAGGAAGUGUUCGGUGGCAGGCAUUGCGUAUGGUAACAAUGACGAAAGUGAACAUGCAUUCAAUGACGCGACAAUUACAGAGAAUCUACAAAACCAUGUGACAGCCCCAGUUCUACGGGAGUUCCUCACCUUGCUCUCUGUAUGUCACACUGUGGUUCCGGAACGCGAGAUCCGGGAGGACGGCAGCGAACCCGUGGUAUACCAGGCCUCAUCUCCAGAUGAAGCAGCCCUAGUGAAAGGAGCUAGGAGCCUCGGGUUUGAGUUCGCUACUAGGACCCCCCAGGCAGUCACCAUUAAAGUGAAUGGAAAAUCAGAAGAGUAUGAAGUAUUGAAUGUUUUGGAAUUUACCAGUACAAGAAAAAGAAUGUCGGUUGUAGUACGUACCCCUGACGACAAGAUCAAAGUUUACUGUAAAGGCGCAGAUACUGUUAUAUAUGAACGCCUGGAUGAGAAACAACUUUACAGGGAUAUCACUCUGCAGCAUCUAGAGGAGUUUGCCACGUUGGGUUUACGGACCCUUUGUAUCGCGACAGCUGACGUAGCUGAGGACUUCUAUGAAGACUGGAAACACACCUAUUACAAGGCCAGCACAUCCAUACAGAAUCGCGAGAAAAAACUGGAGGAGGCGGCCGAACUGAUAGAGAGGAAUUUAAAAUUGCUUGGUGCUACAGCUAUUGAAGAUGAACUUCAAGAUGGUGUGCCUGAAACAAUAGCCAAUCUGGCUAAAGCUGAUAUCAAGAUAUGGGUGCUGACGGGAGACAAACAGGAAACAGCCAUUAAUAUAGGUUAUUCGUGUAAAUUAUUGACCCAGGGCAUGCCGUUGUUGAUCGUCAAUGAACACAGUCUGGAUGGGACACGAGAGACGUUAAGACGACAUGUUGGAGAGUUCGGAGACCUCCUUCGGAAAGAGAACGACGUUGGUUUGAUUAUCGACGGACAGACACUGGACUUUAUCUUAUCCGACCGUCCUCCAAUCAAACGCCCCAAAAGAAAAAAGACACUGAAAUAUGCAUUGUCCUGUGAUUGUCGACAAGAUUUUCUCGACAUUGCCAUUUCUUGUAAAGCUGUCAUCUGCUGUAGGGUUUCCCCUUCCCAGAAGGCCGAGCUGUGUAACCUUGUGAAGCACUCAGUGAAGGCCAUCACCUUGGCGAUAGGGGAUGGUGCUAAUGAUGUGGGCAUGAUACAGGCAGCUCACGUUGGUGUGGGGAUCAGUGGUGUAGAGGGACUGCAAGCAGCAUGUGCCUCAGACUACGCAAUCGCACAGUUUCGGUUCCUGAACAAGCUGUUACUGGUUCAUGGUGCUUGGAGUUAUGCCAGACUGUGUAAACUGAUCCUGUACUCGUUCUACAAGAACAUCUGCCUGUACGUCAUAGAGUUUUGGUUUGCCAUUAUGAACGGGUUCUCUGGCCAGAUCCUGUUUGAGAGGUGGAGUAUUGGCUUUUACAAUGUGAUAUUUACUGCAGCCCCGCCGCUGGCCAUGGGACUGUUCGACAGAAUCUGUAGUGCUGAAAGUAUGAUGAAGUUUCCAGCACUUUAUAAAUCCUCACAGAAUGCAGAGUACUUCAAUGUCAAGGUAUUCUGGAUGUGGAUACUGAACUCAAUCUACCAUUCCAUACUUCUGUUCUGGCUCCCUGCCCUAUCUCUCAAACAAGAUUCUGCCUUUUCUGAUGGGAAAGUUGGAGAUUAUCUAUUUUUAGGAAAUUUUGUAUAUACGUAUGUAGUUGUGACUGUGUGUCUUAAGGCGGGCCUGGAAACCAGUGCUUGGACCUGGCUGACACACCUGGCUAUAUGGGGCAGUAUAGUAAGCUGGUUCCUGUUUCUCACUGUGUACAGCCAUAUCUACAUGAUAGUGGACCUCGCCCCUGAGAUGUACGGCAUGGACACCCACGUGUUCGGCUGCUCUAUAUUCUGGAUGGGCCUAGUGCUUAUUCCUCUGAUGUCACUCAUCCGAGACGUCGCAUGGAAGGCGAUUAAACGAACCAUGUGUAAAACAUUAAAAGAAGAGGUCCAAGAAAAAGAGAAGUUACACGAGGAUCCUACACCUGUUGUACUGAAAUUAACAAAGAAAAGAUUGACAGAGACAGCCCGUCUGCUCCGAAAUGUCUUCACACGAUCAUCGGGCAGAAUGCCCACAGCAGUGGACCAACCUCCUCCCUCACCCACGCCAUCACGUCAGAAUCGCUUAAGCUCAAGAUCUGAUGGAUAUGCUUUCUCCCAAGAAGAGCAUGGUGUCCUUACUCAGGCGGAGCUCAUCCGAGUCUAUGACAGCAAUAAGGAUAAGCCUGAAGGACUAUAAUGUGAAUAUCAGUAUUACUCUGUGUUGUGUCCCUGCUACAGUCCUGUGUGCAAUAUAGGUAGAAUCAACCAUCAAUCAUCACGAUUAAUCAGCCAUCAUCGGGAGUAGUCAACAAUCACACUAUCAGAACUUACGGACCACCAUACCGUCGGAAUAACUGAUCAUAAUACGGUCAGGUUCAAUCCAUCAUCGGACCGCCAGGAUUAACUGACCUAAGCUUGCCAUCGUGAUAGUGUUGUCAGGAUUUAUCAUUGAUCAUUCGUUCGAAUAAAAUCACGGAUUUAACAUAUUGACCAUCAUUAUAACUGUCAUGAUUAAACAAACUAUCAAACUAGUGGGAUCAUCUAACUACUGGGAUUAACCUACCAUCAUACUUUUGAGAUUGACCCACAAUGGUACUCUUGUGAUUGGCUUACCAUCGCACUGUUGUGAUUGACUUACCAUCGUACUGUUGAUGAUUGGCACACAAUUGUUCUGUUGUGAUUUACCCACAAUCCUACUAUCAGGAUUGGCUUACCAUCGUACUAUCAGGAUUGGCUUACCAUCGUACUAUCAGGAUUGGCUUACCAUCGUACUAUCAGGAUUGGCUUACCAUGGUACUAUCAGGAUUGGCUUACAAUCGUACUAUCAGGAUUGGCUUACCGUCGUACUAUCAGGA